CGGACCUGAACGGGUCAAGCACAGCUGAUAUAUCAUCACUUUCCAUUAUCAACAGAUUUUCUACAACAGGCUGCAAAUGAAUAAAACAUCCACUGCAGGACAGAGGUUUGCCAUGAAGGCGGCAUGUGUGAUGAUCCUCUUGGCCUGUCUGUCACCCCUGAUGUGGUGUCAGAGUGUGCCGGCUGAGGGUGACCUGACUCUGGAUGAGCUCUUCCAGCGCGCGGAGGGUCUGCUCAUCCGCUCCAUUCUCACGCACAUGCAGGACAAUGAAAACAAUGACAAUGGAGAACAGAUGCUGUCCCAGCCGGAGUGGAUGGAGAAGAGACAACACCCGGGCAAGCGACAACAUCCCGGUAAACGCGAGGACGCGGACUAUGGAGACGACGCGUCUCUCCAGAAGAGACAGCAUCCCGGCAAACGCGAGGAGGAAGAGAGCAUGAAAAUUAGACGACAGCAUCCCGGAAAACGCCUGUUUCUGGAGCAGAUGAUGGAAACCCCGACCACCCAGAGCGAGCUAUCCAAACGGCAGCACCCGGGAAAACGGUACCCGAUGCUGCUCCAGAAACGACAGCAUCCCGGCAGGCGCGAACUCUACGAGAGCGAGCGGACACCGGGAGACCUGUUGGGCCUGGACAAACGACAGCAUCCCGGGAAGAGACUGUGUGAGGACUGGGAUGUGGAUGGUUGCGAUCAAACCAGCAUCCUACUUGAGCUUCUGGACAACGGAACCAAAAGUCGCACGGAGGAGAAGAGACAGCAUCCCGGGAAACGGUUUGAGUUGGAUGACGAUAUCACGGAACGGGAGUAACUGAAAAAAGUAUACUGAAAUGAGGCGCCUAAACGGAUAAAUCACGUUCAUUGUUUUGCCGCAGCAUCAUACUAUUGAUGGGACACGCAUCUGUCUCCAUAGGCGUGUGUUUUACUGGUCGCUUACAGGUGUCUUAUACAUUUCGUCAAAGCAAUCUCACAAUCUGAGUGUCUCGUUGAACUGCUACGGCGCAGGAGUCCACCGAACGCACGCGCUAAAAUAUGUUGCACAUUUCUCUUAUUCCCUAUUCCCAACACAACUUUGCUGUUCAAACGAAAUAUUCCUUAGCUGUCCCAAAUAGAUCCAUAAGGUUCAUUCUUGUACGUGAAUGGUGAAGGUGUUUCUAUGCGUAAAUGCGCAACUAGCGACCAAGUUUUAAUGAUGCACGUUUCCGUUACGAGUCCCGGGUUUUAUUUCCUACACAUCUACAACAUUAUUAAAACGAUAUAUCCCUUAAUUGGCGGAAUUAGUAUUCCACUUAAAUUCAGUCAUUUUGAGGACUCAUUUAUUACAAUGCAAGUGACCAGAAAAACAAUUCGCAGUUUUCCCAGAUGUGAUUCGUCGUGAAUCGUGGAAUUGCUCAACUAAUGUAAACUUCGAAUGAAAAGUAGCCCUGCAACCCUCGAAAUAUUUUUCUAUAAUAUUCUUAUGAGUUCAAGAAGUUGCCAAUCUGUACAUUUUCAUUAUUUAUUUUGUUGGUAUAUAGCAUAUUUAAAUGACAAAUGUUGUACAAUAAAAUGCUUUCGA